AUGGAGAAAUAUGUGGCCUUUAUACCACCCAAAUCAACCCCCACCUUAACCCAAAUCCACCCAAAUCCACACCUACCCCUAUCCAAAUCAAACCCCUAUUCACCCCGACCCAAAUCCAACCCCUAUUCACCCCCACCCAAAUCCAACCUCUAUUCACCCCCAUCCAUAUCAAACCCAUAUUCACCCUCUACCAAAUCCAACCUCUAUUCACCCCUAUCCAAAUCAAACCCCGUUUCACCCCCUCCCAAAUCCAACCUCUAUACACCCCCACCCAAAUCCAACCCCUUUUCACCCCCUCCCAAAUCCAACCCCUAUUCACCCCCACCCAAAUCCAACCUCUAUUCACCCCCACCCAAAUCCAACCCCGAUCAACCGCCACCCAAAUCAAACCCCUUUUCACCCCCUCCCAAAUCCAACCUCUAUACACCCCCACCCAAAUCCAACCCCUAUUCACCCCCACCCAAAUCCAACCCAUAUUCACCCCCAUCCAAAUCAAACCCAUAUUCACCCCCUCCCAAAUCCAACCUCUAUUCACCCCUAUCCAAAUCAAACCCCGUUUCACCCCCUCCCAAAUCCAACCUCUAUACACCCCCACCCAAAUCCAACCCCUAUUCACCCCCUCCCAAAUCCAACCUCUAUUCACCCCCAUCCAAAUCAAACCCAUAUUCACCCCCUCCCAAAUCCAACCUCUAUUCACCCCUAUCCAAAUCAAACCCCGUUUCACCCCCUCCCAAAUCCAACCUCUAUACACCCCCACCCAAAUCCAACCCCUUUUCACCCCCUCCCAAAUCCAACCCCUAUUCACCCCCACCCAAAUCCAACCUCUAUUCACCCCCACCCAAAUCCAACCCCGAUCAACCGCCACCCAAAUCAAACCCCUUUUCACCCCCUCCCAAAUCCAACCUCUAUACACCCCCACCCAAAUCCAACCCCUAUUCACCCCCACCCAAAUCCAACCCAUAUUCACCCCCAUCCAAAUCAAACCCAUAUUCACCCCCUCCCAAAUCCAACCUCUAUUCACCCCUAUCCAAAUCAAACCCCGUUUCACCCCCUCCCAAAUCCAACCUCUAUACACCCCCACCCAAAUCAAACCCCUUUUCACCCCCUCCCAAAUCCAACCUCUAUACACCCCCACCCAAAUCCAACCCCUAUUCACCCCCUCCCAAAUCCAACCUCUAUUCACCCCCAUCCAAAUCAAACCCAUAUUCACCCCCUCCCAAAUCCAACCUCUAUUCACCCCUAUCCAAAUCAAACCCCGUUUCACCCCCUCCCAAAUCCAACCUCUAUACACCCCCACCCAAAUCCAACCCCUUUUCACCCCCACCCAAAUCCAACCUCUAUUCACCCCCACCCAAAUCCAACCCCGAUCAACCGCCACCCAAAUCAAACCCCUUUUCACCCCCUCCCAAAUCCAACCUCUAUACACCCCCACCCAAAUCCAACCCCUAUUCACCCCCACCCAAAUCCAACCUCUAUUCACCCCCAUCCAAAUCAAACCCAUAUUCACCCCUAUCCAAAUCAAACCCCUUUUCACCCCCUCCCAAAUCCAACCUCUAUACACCCCCACCCAAAUCCAACCCCUAUUCACCCCCUCCCAAAUCCAACCUCUAUUCACCCCCAUCCAAAUCAAACCCAUAUUCACCCCCUCCCAAAUCCAACCUCUAUUCACCCCUAUCCAAAUCAAACCCCUUUUCACCCCCUCCCAAAUCCAACCUCUAUACACCCCCACCCAAAUCCAACCCCUAUUCACCCACUCCCAAAUCCAACCCCUUUUCACCCCCUCCCAAAUCCAACCGCUAUUCACCCCCACCCAAAUCCAACCCAUUUUCACCCCCUCCCAAAUCCAACCGCUAUUCACCCCCACCCAAAUCCAACCUCUAUUCACCCCCACCCAAAUCCAACCCCUUUUCACCCCCUCCCAAAUCCAACCUCUAUUCACCCCCACCCAAAUCCAACCCCGAUCAAACGCCACCCAAAUCAAACCCCUAUUCACCCCCACCCAAAUAA